AUGGCCGAAGUACAGCUUGGAGAGGGGGAUCCAAGCCAUGAACUCUACGCCGAAUUACUGCCGGUGUACCAAUGCGUCAACAAUUUCCUUCGAGAUACAUCUUGCACAGCAGAUGAUACCGCAGCUACCCUGACCGAUGCUAGUCAGUGGAGUCAAAAGACACUCGAGGUCUACUGCUGGGAUCUCGGUUGGAUUUGGGUUAGCAAAAUUCUGGAGAUUCCGGCCCUCCACCCAUUGCUCAAGAGGCUUAUUCAACUUUUGUACGCGAUUCAGAAGCGUCCCGCUCCUCGUGGCGAGGAUUCAGACUUUUGGUUCUGCCUCCCACGAUUCUUUGGGCAAUUGAAUGAGUUGAACAGCUGGAGAGGCCUUUACGACUGUGUAGUGGAUGAUCCCAAGGACCUGUACACGGCCGGCGAAUGGGCGAGCGUGAAUAGCUUCCAGUCUCUGUGGUAUAAUGACCAGCCACUCCCGGUCGCUUGCGAGGACGUCGAAGGCUAUUCGUUCUUCAGCCCGCAUCCCCAACACGGAUUGGGGAUGCUGCGCACCGCUCUGGAAAUCACCCCGAAACAUGUUUCUCUGAACCAGGUCGUUCCCGCCGCUGCAGUGUGGAUUGUCAACGCUGGCCGGAAGUUCCACGAGCGUUGUCGGCUGAACAAGGACCUGGGCGCGGACAGAAUCAGCCGCAGGCCCUACCAGGUCCCCGACGAGUUUUACAAGGGUGAAGACACGUAUAAUCUAGACCGUUGGAAGUUCUGGAAGUCUCGAUUCGGCGAGCUUCAGAAUGAUGAAACACUGGAGGAGAGCACAAGGCAAUGGGCGGCCAGAGCCUAUACAGCCAUGUAA